AUGCAUGGCACCUCGCAGUCUGCUGCUGUCGCUGACGCCGGCCCUGCUGGCGGCUGGAGCAUGCGUCCGUCUCCUCCUUCCCCCCCUGGCACCGAUGUCGCGUCUGCUGGCUGGUGCAACGUUUUGGUGCGCCUAUCAUUGUCCAACCAGCCGAACCUGACUCCUCCUUGCUUGCCCCAUUGUGUAACCCGGCGCCGUAAGCGCCGGAGAGCCGCCGCCGCCGCCGCCACGUGGUCUCUCGCCUGA